GAAAUGAAUUAACAAAAAAGGGAGAUGUUUAUGGUUUUGGUGGAAUUAUGUAUGAAAUAGCAACCAGAAAACGACCAUUUUAUGAACGAGCACAUGAUGCCCAUUUAAUAAUUGAUAUUCCUGAUGUUAUGUUAGAUUGGAUUGCAAAUGAAAGUCACGAAAAAGCAAUAAAAUCUCAAAAACGUGAACCAUCUCCAUCUCUAUCGUCAAGUAUAUCUCGUCCACAAUCUUGUCAUAUUAGCCGAAAUAUCCAUAUUAUUCACGGAUUGCAUAAUUCAUUGGAAGAUAUAAAAUAUGGAAAAUCUCAAGAUCCCAAUUUAUUAAGUCCAAUGAAUCAACUGUUUCAAGUGUCAAUACUUAUUUUAUUGAUUCUAAAGAAUCCCCAGAAUGCAUUGAUUGGGAAAAAGAACUCAAAACCAGGACCAUCCCCUAAUAUCUCGACUUUCGAUUGUAAUUUCUAA